CUGCUGUUCAACACGCCAUCGACAAAGUGCACUAUCGAAGCCAUAGUCCCCUGAUACUCGGCCAGUGACGCGCCUCCCCAUUCAGGAGUCGGCAAGGGCAGCGACGAGAGCGGGUGUUGUGUCAUCGGGACAUCGGUAUCAGAAGAGCCUCACAGCAUUGGACUCAGCGCUUGAGUGGGACACUAGCAGGAGCAGCGACUAUUGUACUAUUAUUUGAAGCUUUGUGUACCAGCGGCCGAAGGAGAGCAACAGUGUACGUAUGUCUGCAUUGAUACCGAGGACAGAGGAUGGGAAGAAGAGGACGAGACACGGAUACUUCUGUACGAUUGAUCGCGAGACUGAUUGUACAAUAACCAGACUUGACCCUCGAGGACUUGUACAUAACCUCUCCAAACAGGUUGAAAGCGCUCACCUCCCUCCUGUCCAAGUGACAGACCUCUCUGAGCCCUGAAGGGUCCUGCAUAACCAUCAGCGUAGGCGGGCCUCACUUUCACCAUGUCUGGCGAAGACGACACGUUCGAUCUCGACAUUUACGGCGACGAAUCGCAGGCACAAGAGCAAGCGCAGAACGAACAACAACACCAAGAAGAAGAGAACCCAGAAGAUCGCAUUGACUUUGGCGACGAUUCAUACCCAAGCUACGAGGAGCAGCAGCAUAUCACACAUCAGGAACAGCAAGACGCACCUUCAGCACAAACAGGGCAGAAACGGAAAGCCCCCGAUGAUGGCCACGAUGAGCAUCAACAGUCUGGUCCACCUGCCAAUGGUACAUCAUCAGCCCGACCUGCCUCAUCGACCCCUGCUACCACAUCUGUCGAGCCGAACGCCACCCAGGCAUUGAAGUUGUCCGAACUCCACUGGUGGACUACAGAAGAAGAUCUGCGCGCUUUUUGCGCGCAAGCCGAGGUCGAAACACAACUUCGGGACAUUGCCUUUGGCGAGCACAAGAUCAAUGGAAAGUCUCGCGGCGAAGCCUACUUGGAGUUCGACACCCCGGCAGCAGCGUCAGCAGUCAAGCGAGCAGUAGAAGCAAGGGAAGAUCCAGUUCCCAAGGAAGAUGGCACAGGUUCAACUGAAGGUAAGCGCAAAAAUCAAUUCCAGGUCUGGUAUGUUGGACUCGGCAAUCCGUUUAAGGGACGUGAUUCGGGACAAGCCACCAAAAAGGACGCCGGAGCUUACAACUCUGCGCCUCAACGUGGUGGGUUCCAGCGAGGCGGGUAUCAAGACCGCGGACGAGGUGGUUUCCAGCCGCGCGGAGGUUUUCAGGGAGGACGAGGUGGUUUCCAGCAACAGCAGAAUCAACAAGGGUUUGGCGGUAUGAACAAUGGCUAUGGCUAUGGCAGCGGCAAUCCAAUGAUGAGCGGUGUGAUGGCAAAUCCCAUGAUGGCAAUGGGAAUGAAUGGCAUGGGCUUUCGUGGCGGAUUUGGGGGCAUGGGAGGCAUGAUGGGUAACAACGCAAUGGGACGAGGAGGUUUUGGAGGCGGCGGAGCCAGAGGUGGUGGGUAUGGGAUGGGCGGAAGAGGCGGUUAUCAAGGUGGUGGCUUUCAAGGCGGCCAGGGCUUCCAAGGUGGUGGCAUGGGUCAGCAAGGUGGGUAUGGCUACCAGCAGCAACAGGGCAUGCAGGCUGGCGCGAACAAGAGAGCAAGGCAGGAAUAGGACCUUGGUCGAAGCUCCUUCGUGAGAGGUAGAAAGAGAAAAGGACCCUGAAUACGCAUCAUCUGGAAGAACCACACAUCUGCAGGUUAGCAGCGAGGUAUGAGAGGCUUCAUUUAGUGUGGCGUGUCCACAUAUGUUGCGAUGAAGAGCGCGGACAAGCUAUGUAUAAUAGAUGAAGGACGGCAAUG